UCGAACCCUGCAUUUCUCUAAGUUAAAGUGGUUAUCGAAUAUUCUACUCAAACCAGAAGGUUUCUGUAUGGAUUUUCAAGAGGUUUAUCCUGAUACAUGCUCCUCAGUAUCUAGAGCUGCACGGACAGGAAAUAUUGACCUGUUAAAGAGACUGAUCAGAUCUGGCAAACCAGUUGAUAUUAAAGAUAACAGAGGUUGGCAACCACUUCAUGAAGCCUCCUUUCAUGGAAAUACUGAAUGUCUCAGAAAUAUCUUGAAGCAUGGAGCAGAAGUGGAUUGUAAAACAUUUGAAGAACAAACUCCAUUGAUGUUAGCAUGUAAAGGGGGCCACCCAGAAUGUGUCGCUUGUCUACUAAGGUCUGGGGCAGAUCCCAACAGUGCAACCCUUGAGGACUAUACACCGCUUUGGGAAGCUUCUCUUAAGAAAAAUUUGGAGUGUGUAAAACUGUUACUGAAAGCUGGUGCUGAUGUCAAUAAACAGAACUUCACUUUAGAUACUGCAUUACAUGGAGCAGUACAAGAAAAUGAAGACAAUCUCGAUAUUGUAAAAUGUCUUGUUAGGGCAGGUGCUGAUCUGACUUUACAGAAUGAGUGUGGACUAACACCUUUGUUUAUUGCUGCACAGUUUGGGCAGAUAACUUACUUGGAAUUGUUCAUAGAAUAUGCAGCUUCUAAAGGGGAUACAUUUAAAAAAGGUUUGGUGAACAAGUGUGCAGAGGACAGUGCCACUCCUCUGUUCCUGGCAACACAGAAUGAACAUGUGAAAUGUGUGAAACUUCUACUUGACAAUGGAGCAGAUGCUGAUUUAGGUAUUGCAGGUCCUGAGAGGCCAACAGAAUUUCAAAUUCUACCACUUCAUAUGGCACUGUACAAAGGUAACAGAGAAUGUGUUGAGAUGCUUGUACCUGUUACAAAUCUGGAACAUUUUACAUGGGAAAACAACAACUACAAUCCUAUCACAUGUCUUAACUACAAUCCUGUGGCUAUUGCUGCUAGUUUGGAGUCUGAAGACUGUUUGAAAGUUCUUUUAAAGGAGCCUUUCUUCACAAGUCUCUACAGUGGAGAAGAGAAUUCAAAUUAUCUUGCUGAAAGAAAUAUCUUUAGUUUUAAUACAAAAAUAAAACCAGCAGUGCUUCUUACAAAAAAGUUUAGAUUGUUCAUAGAGAAGUGUUUUAGAUUAAACAAACUGGUUUUGCAUGAAUGCAUUGCAUCUGUGUUAGAAGAUGGCCUCGAAUAUCUGCCUGUAUUCAUAUUAAUGUUAAGGCUUGGUGCUACUGUUAACUUUCCCAGAUAUUGGCUGGACCAUGCGGCAAUGGCAAGUUGUGCUGUUGAUUAUUUCUGUGCCAUGUUAAAGUACACAGUUAGGGCAAGCAGGGGAAUCACCGAGAGUGAGAAAUUGUUCUGGUCGAAACAAGGUAGUAAUUCUGUUUCUACAAAUGCCAUACGGCAUACAGUCAUACGAAAACUACAGUGUCACUUGACUACUUGUGCUCAAACUGACAACAGGGAGAGACUGCUUAAAGAGCAAAUGGGAGAUCAAUAUAGAACUGUUGUUAGUCCAGAUGAACUGUUCAAUCUACAGAGCUUGUGUCGACGAACUGUCAUCUUACAGCUUAUAAAAUCUACAGGCUAUACAAAGAAAUCAGUUGAAGCUUUACCAUCUCCACAUCUGAUCAAAAACUUCAUUCUUAUUGAAGAUGACCUCCCAUUUUCUGAAGUAGUGUUGAGUGCUUUUGAGAGACUGGAAAGGGAAGAAAUUAAACUUGACCAACUUUUUGCUACUGUUGAUGUGUAAAAUGAAAUUAAACUUUAAUAAAUUGUA